AUGCCAUCAAUAACAAAAGGGGAUCUCGCCGGGCCUAUACGCGUCACCCGUCCUGAAAGCUCCUUUUCGAACCGGAAAUCAGUUCCUCCAGACCACCUGAUCUCGAAUUCAUCAUCAGAAGAAUUUCUCCUUCUACCCAGAAUUCCUUCGCCCUCCCUAUAUCCUGAAGAAAUGCUGCAGCUGUGGCCAGCAAGUCCUCCUCAAAUACCUCCGCUCACGGAUGAAAAGGAAUGGGGCGACUGCUUCUUUGCCGCAAGCACUGCCUACUGUGACUCAAUCGCUACCCCGGCUGAUCCUGGCAAUCGGAUCUCUGUACUUCGUCAAGAGCGCCCUCCGAGUUUACUUCCACCUGCCCCAAGACUGUUUCUACGUAGUGACUUCCAGCAAGGUCCUGCUAGUGUCGACUGCUGGCUGUCGUCGACGCCGUCAGCAUCUGCAGCACGCGUGCCCGGACCGAAUAACCCAGAAAGAAAUGCGACUUCCGAGCCAUUGAACCAACCGUGCUCACAACUGGAACAGCCCUUGACUGAGACAGCUCGGUCCAGUACUCCAGUGCCGUCGCUGACCCAUUCACAAUACUCGGCAACUUCAUCAGCCCUUGAGGGAACACCAACAACCAAUACUGUCUCGAUGAAUUGCUCGGCAAUCCCGUCAGAGGGACUUCCCCACACAAAGAUUCAAAGUACCAGCCCCCAGGCUCGCAAAGUUCCUCCCCUAUUGCGCCAAACAUCCAUCUACCAUGACGAUACCUUUGACCAAGCAAUACCUGCAUCUGAUGGUGUCACUCUUCGGAGACCAGUUGAUUCUCAUCUUGUGAUGAGUGCGAACCCGAAAACCAGCAUCCAUAUGCCUCCGUUCAGUGAGACCCAGCCAGAAGUCUCUUACAUUGACUGGGACGAUGAUGAGAAAAGUCUCUCCCGGUUUGCCCGGCUGAAGAAAGGGUUUGCCGAUCUCCGCGCCACAGAACGUUUCAUUUUGGAUGCUCAUGCGAGAAGGAAGGCCCAUUUGGUGCAAGAGAGGCUCAACAGUGACAGAGAGGUCAGCCGUUCCCAAGCCUCCACAGCAAAACCUAAGAAGAGCAUGGGAGCCGAUGCAUACCAACAACGGACAAUGUGUCAUCUAGCUGUGUCAAAGUCGCCGCACGGUGCUUCUCCUUCUCCUCCUGUAACCUACCGGAAACGAGGAACAGACCGAAUACAAACGCCGGCCAAGCUGCAGAAGCCACCAAGUACAAAAUGCAUCUCUGGUAGAUCCCCCCAACCACAAUCCGGCCGUCAGUCUUCAUCUUGUGGUCGGCACCAUCGAAGAACAAUGAGCUCUGAUCUGGGCGGCCUGUCGCCCUUGAUCCCGACAAACGUCCAUUAUCAAGUGACCACAGCUUCCGUGGCAACUUCGACCCUUCCUGUGAUGUCUAUGUCUGGAGAGAUGCGGAGACCUGACGCUAUGACUCCCCCAAUUCGCCCGGGCGAGACGAAGGAAUUCAGACCGACCGCUGUUGGGAAAUGGGUCAAGAGGACCUUAAGGUGCAAGAAGAAGAACAAA